UCCUCCCUCCCGAGUGAUGACGAAGGGAGCCGAAGGGAAAAUCGCUCCCCAUCGCGGCAAAAGCAGAGAGAGUCGGCGCGACCAGCAUCCUCGCUGAACCAGAGGAAGUGCGUUAACCAGUUACAAUGGUGGGCGAAGACAAUAUAUCUGUAAGGAAUCGUCGAUCAGCAUACGGCACUCCGGAGGAGAAAAAUGACUUGCCGAGGAGGCUGGAAGGAGACUGGUCACUCUCCGCCUCAAGCAACGGUCGAAUUGAUGUUGACCAUACAAUGAGGAGGAUGCAGCUUUUAACAGAAGCUGAGAAGCUGAAGCCAGCCUUUAUGAAGGGUGUUGACAGUCACUUCACAGAAUUUGUCAAUGGCUUGGUUGCAAAGUCAGUGCUGCUGGAGUCUCCUCCGUCCGCCUUCCCAGCUGCGUGUACUGAGAAAGACAGCGUCAAAACUAAAGGAUCAAGAGCGCCUACAGAACACGGAAAAGUUUUUAUUGCUAGGAGAUCCCUCUUGGAUGAGCUAUUUGAAGUGGAUCACAUCCAGACCAUCUAUCACAUGUUCAUUGCCCUCCUCAUCUUGUUCAUUCUCAGCACACUUGUGGUUGACUUUAUUGAUGAAGGAAGGUUGGUGCUAGAAUUUGAUCUCCUGGUCUACGCUUUUGGCAAAUUUUCUGUCGUUGCUCCUACUUGGCUCUACAUGUUCCUGUUCACCCUGGUUGUGCCUUAUGGGCUCUUUCACCAUUGGGCCACGGGUUACCCUAGUUCCAACCACAAAAUCAUCCGCUCCGUCUUCUUUGGGUCUUUCUUCAUAAUGUUCCAGAUGAUUUGCCUUGGAUUGGUGCCUUUAUACAUUACAUUGACCUAUGAGCUGCCGCCAGCCUCUUGUUUCAUCGUCAUACUUGAACAGGUGCGCCUGGUGAUGAAAUCCCAUUCUUACAUAAGGGAAAAUGUUCCUCGGGUGAUUUCCUGCCCCCCUCAGAAAUCAAAUUCUCUGCAGCUUCCUCAAGUUUCCCAGUACUUGUAUUUCCUCUUUGCUCCCACCCUUAUUUACAGAGAUCAUUAUCCCAGGACUCCCACAAGAAGAUGGAGCUAUGUAGCUACCAAGUUUGCGCAGAUACUUGGCUCCCUCUUUUAUGCUUACUACAUCUUUGUUCGACUUUGUAUUCCUACAUAUCGUAACUUUAGUCGGGAGAACUUCAAUCUACGAGGCUUAGUCCUUUGUAUCUUCAACUCUAUUCUUCCAGGUGUGUUGAUUCUGUUCCUGGCUUUCUUUGCAUUUCUUCACUGCUGGCUUAAUGCUUUCGCUGAGAUGUUGUGCUUUGCCGACAGAAUGUUCUAUAAGGAUUGGUGGAAUUCUACAUCAUUCUCAAACUAUUACCGAACCUGGAAUGUGGUGGUACACGACUGGCUGUAUCACUAUGCAUACAGAGACUUCCUUUGGUUUUUUGGAGAAAAAUCUAAAGGUGCCGCUAUGUUCUUAGUCUUCACGGUUUCUGCUGCUGUACACGAGUAUGUCCUGGGCGUCUGCUUUGGUUACUUCUAUCCGGUCCUUUUCUGCCUCUUCAUGGGCUUUGGAAUGGUGUUCAACUUCAUUCUCCAUGAUCGCCGGAAAGGCCCAAUCUGGAAUGUCAUUAUGUGGACUUUACUCUUCCUCGGCCAGGGGGUCAUUAUUUGCCUUUAUACCCAGGAGUGGUAUGCCCAUCGAUACUGCCCUUUGAAAAACCCCACUUUCUUGGACUAUGUGAAACCACGUUCCUGGGCUUGCCAAGUCAAGAUCUGAAGUCGUUUGGGUUUGAGGCUGGAAGAUGUUCUUGAAAGCAAACAAACUUUGGGUACUCUUUAGUUAUGGCAAACGAUGGCAUUUUGUCACUCCAGGUAGCUAGGGCUGCUGGGGGCUCUCGGCUACUUCAACCUGAGCCAUUUCCAUGCUGGUCAUGAAUCCUGCUUUGAAGGAAUUUACAGGGAAGAUUUUUGACUACUGCAAACACUGGUCCAUAUAUCAAUGUUUUCUCUCUUAUUUCUGAAAAGGACAAUAUUGGGUGACCUUGGUUAGUCUUGCUCAUCUGAAGAUAUUUAUAUGUUUAUAGCAUACUUUUGGAUGUCUGACAUCCCUGAAGCACAUGCAGAAGACUCCCAGAGAUUUCUGUGAUUUAGAUUGUGCAGGGAAAAAGACAAAGAACGGUUAGACAUUUUCUUGCAGUUUCUUGUAUUUUCGAAGCAGAACACAGGUGAGAUUUUUACCAGUUCAUCUUGCUGGACAGCCAAGGUCACUGGCCAUUUGUAAGUGCAUUUAAGGGUGCCUGAACAGAAGAGAAGCAAUAGAUGCGUAAAUCCCUUUCUGCAGAAACGGCCAUAAUGUUUGAAGAUGAUUUUGAUUGAUCCGUCCAUAAUUUUUUUACUUGGGCAGCAACAGAUAUUUGUAGAAAUGUUUAAUUUGCCUACGACGAAUAGACUCAGUCAGCUUCCAAGACUGAAUGUUCUGAAGGAUGUUUCUGUCUUUAUGUGUGAUGUAUUGUGGAAGGUAUACUUGAGGUUUCUUUUGCUGUUUGUAAGUUUUAUUCCUUCUUUUUGAAUAAUAUUAACCAUAAUAACAGUCAUCAUAAUAAAAAAAUAUAUAUUGAUGAUUGAAUGUAUUUUUCAGGGACUUCCUUUUGAUGAUUAGUCUCUAAUAACAUUGGCACCAAGGAUUACCAUUCUCAUCCAUCCUCUGGUUUUUAAUCUGGUAAAAUGGACAUAAUAGUAAAUACUAACAUUACAAUGUAACUUGAAAGUACAAGCCUGUUGGACUGUGAGUAGCUUUCAUUCUUUGUGCUGCCAAGGAAUAGUUAGUAAUCUUGUGUGCUGCAUUACAAUACAGACAGAGUCCUGUUUUCUGGAAGAUUGUUUGUAUAUGCUUGGGCCAUUUUCUAUAAUAAAACCGAGCCCAUUUGGUACCCUAA